UUUUGCCAAGUGUCGCUGCCUUUUCCCCCCACAAGAAUGGCAGCUAAAAAGCUGUCUUCCAUGAUCUGUUCGGCCGCUUUGGUCGACAGACACAUUGUUCCGUCACGCGGGAGGAUAACUUUCUACUGGGUGCUUCGGGAUGGGGAACAAUCACCGCUUGCCGCUGAGCUGGUUUGUUUGUAAGUGGCGAUCUUUUGCUUUCGAAAGCAAGGGACGUUAAGGAGUGAAGCAGAUUAGGCUUGCAUGCUCAAGGAAAAACGCUAUUGCACUGUUGUUGUUUCCAAAUGUUUACACUCCGCAAUUACAUCUUUCAUUCCUCUUGUUGGUAGUUUGGGCUCCCUCAAUCCGACGGCGUUUCCCGUCAACCACAACGUGUGCGCGCGGGAGCAGUCUCAAACAAUUUCGCAGACUACCUUUGUCCGUGUUCACAUUUUCAGAACAGAGCAGCACCUCCCGGUCUAUCGAACCGUGCUCGUUCACCCCAGCCUCGACAAAAGCGGGAGCGGAUUUGGUUUAGCAAGAUUCAUUCGAUUGCAUCGUCCUUUUUUCUUUGCAUUCGAGUCAAAAAACGCCCUUGAGUCUCACCUCCCUUUUCCCGUCCAAGCGUUAAGCACCGUUGUACCUCUGUGAAAACGAAUUCGGGGAAAGGGGAUAGUCAAAACAAUACUCCCAGGCGGCUCGAUUUUUCGAGAAUUUUUCUAGAGUAGUGUUUUUCGUCUUGUACCACUGUCGAUGCUUAUUCAGGGAGCGAAACUAUUAGGCAGCGAGGCAGGCCUGUUCAGGUAUUGGCGCGCCUUGCGACUAUAAGCUUCGAUGGCUUCCUUAAGAAUCUUCCUCUCAGUAACGGACCUCUUACUACUUGGCAGGGAACAUGUCAUGAGAGGUUCUGUCCGAGGAUUCCCCUCGUGAUGCCAGCCAGCGUGCCGUUGUGCGUCUCCCGCGAGAAUCUCGUUCUUCUGGCUGAGGCCGAAGCAGGAUAUACUUUUUAGGUUUUCUCUUCCACGAGUCUUGCGCACAGGAGCUGUUUAUUCAAGUGCCCGUCCACUUCCAUUGCAGCGGUUUUGCUGCCUUUUGAUUCUCAGAAAACGUACUUCACUCCUGACUUCAUGCCUUUGGAGCCAUUCAGGGGAUGGGGUUUGAAACAGACGUGAAAAUGGUAGAAAAGAGAAGGCACUCUGCAUAAUGCUCUCGUCUGCCUGUCUGUACCGGAACAUCUUGGUGCAAAAGCUCGCAUCGGAGAAACACGGUGUGAGCACAUCGGGGGGAAGGCAGAAGGUGUUUUUGCUUAGAAUGCUAGGUGCACGUCUCUCUGAAAAUCUACUGAAAGGUGUCCCGGUUUUCUGAAGAGAAGGUCACUUGCAGAAUGCCCACGAUCAAGCCAGAACUACGUGCACGCAACCAUGCCAGGCCACAGUGCGUCACCGACCUUUCCCUCAGGCUCUACCAACAACAGAGGUCAGCGAAGCCCAGAUGCUUCCACGACAGUGCCCCUUGUCUCAAGCCGACCGAGUUUUUUUGGGCAAGGUGCUUUGGAGGCAGAAGCGCCAGCCUUAUCGGUUCUCCACCAGCAGGGUAGACAGGCAACCUCAUUUCCCGAGUUGAGAUGGCAGACGCCUCUCCAUAGUUCAGCUGCGGCGAACGUGUCCGUCGCAUCUCCGUUCGUGGAGGUGAACGUGCCCUCAAAUGCUCCCCACGGUUUGCCGUUCCCGCCGCCAGCAGUGGGUUGCCGUAAUCCGGGAGAGAAUACGCGAGGCCUCUGGCUUCUGCCGCAGGGUUCUGUGUUUUUAGAAUCAGGCGGGGAGACUGGUGAGGAGUUUCAGCGCACUCGGUCACCAACGAACAACGGCGCAUGCAAUCAGGAAAGGGGGAGUCUCGUCGCCUACACGUCUCCGCCUCAGCGUCCCUUCGGCGCCCCUCGCGUUCUCAACACUUUCCAACAGCUAGCUGGACAGGUGGCUGCACAGACGCCUCUGUCGCCCGGGAACGAGACCAUUGGAGCGGCUCUACCACAGUUUCAGCCGCUUCCGCUGUCCCCCUUGUGGCAGGCAAACGCGUCCGAAGAGCACCAGAGGACGCUGGCAUUCUUCCAGGCCUUCGGUCCGGUCAAGUACAUUUUUUGGGACCUUUGCUCCUGUCCGCUGCUGCUGCGCUGCCCGUUGGCGGCUGUGUCUUCGCAUGUCGAAAAGUCCACACCGGAAGGUACGCGCAUCGAGACCGAAGGUGCAGCGACAGCGGGGAGCAUUGUGUCCCGUCCCUCCGACUCGGCUUCUUCCUCUCUCGGACGUUUGUACACCCCAACAGAAGUGGUGUUGAUGGCUGCACGCUUCUUCAAGGUCGCCGUCUCCGCAGUCAAACUGUUUUACGAAGAAGAUCCGGACACGCGCCCCGGAGCCAUGGCCUCCCGAGACAGGGUUUCCCCGCCUCCCUUCCCGGUGUCUCCUAGCCACAGCGAAGACAGGGCAGAGACUGGCGAAUCCGAGGGUCGCGUUUCGGGUUCUCCGUGUCGCUUCAGCGUGGGACAAAACAGCGGAGAGCGCUUGACCAGCGCGUGUGCAAGAGCUGAACAGAGAAGCUCGCUGGAGUCCGCGGGAAGACAAAGACUUGCCUCGAGUGCUAGACUUCCCCAAACACCCGAGACAGUAUGGCAACCAGGGGAACGACGGACGUGCAGUGGCGACGCGAGAGCAAAGAGAACAGACGUGACAGCGGCGGCGCUCUGUGACAGACUUGACAGAGAGAGCCGCGUGGUGUUGUCAGACAUGGGGUGUCUCGUCCACGAAUGCCACAGAAGAAGAGUCAUGGACUGUGUCGUGGCUGAGCUCCAGCGAGCGCUCGUCGCUACUCGCCGCCAGUCCACCGAUGAAUUUUCGCAGAUGCCUCGGCAUUCAUUUCUGCAGUUGGGGGACCUUGAAGUUCUGGAGAGCAGCCUAUCACCGUCUGAGCUACCGACAAUUGUGAUUUUGUCGUCCAUCCACUUUGACUUCACGGAGGCCCUUCGGACGGAGAUCGAGAGGAGCCGCCUAGGCGAAACACCGCCGCGGGUGCGUCUCCUUGUCUGCCACAACUACGACUGGCCGUUUCGUCCCACGGGAUUUCUCAGCCAGUUCAUUCAACGGAUGGAUGUCCCGCCGCAGAUCCAGUCUGCCGUCUAUACCGCCACCUACCGCCAGCUCGUCUCAGCGAUGUACGGCGUUCCGGUCUCGCGCCUCGUCCCAUUCAGUCCUCUCCCUGCCAUCCACACCAACAGCGCAGAUUCUCUCCAUGAGCCGCGGGGCGGCGCGAGAAAUGAAGAAGAGGCUGAUGCGCCCCCAGCGCUUCUUCCACCUGUCUUACCUCUAUGCUGUACACACACGUUGCCCAGGCCCAUGGGCCCUUCCCCCCUCGUCCUCUCAAGCUCGGCCAGCAGCUCCUCUCUCGGUCCCUGUCGGCAAGGCUCUUUCCUCCAAGAAAGCAGAACUGCCACGUUCUUUCCUCUGACGUCUGCCAACCAGACAUCCGCGUUUUUGUCUUCUGGUCCUGCCCUUCACCACGCUGCCGACACUAUCUCUUCCUUCAACAGCGCGCGCCCGGAAGCGUCGGCGCGGAGCCUGCCGCUUCCGGCGCCGCGAGCCCGAGGAGACAGCUCUGGGCCACGGAGCCGUGAGAAAGGAGGGACAUGCCCUUCGGGAGGGCCUUUGGCUCCUCCAGAUGGCCUUAGACACCAGGAAGUUGAAGACACUCCGCGCGAAAGACAAUCUGCAGGUCGCCACGAGGUGAAUGACAAGGAGGGACAGAGAGAUAGCGAGUGGCAGCCCCACAGUCGUGGAGUUGGACUAUCCAGCCGCGAAAAGGAAGGGGCAGAGAUCUCGCCUGUCUGUCCUGACGGGGCCUCGCGGCUGCACAGCACCACACAAAAGUCUCAUGAGGAGGAAGAAGUCGAUGGGAAAGAUCCCCCUGCUCGGUCCACGGCUGACACGCGGGAAAAAGACCCAUCCGACUCUUCCCUGUCCCCCCAGGAGCCUUCGCCAUCCGACAGACAAAGCGCAAGACCAGCGCGUCCUCGUGGGCCUCAUCCGAGUGCGCACCGGUGUUACCUCGACUCAGGGGAGGAGACACGUGAAGAAGGCGACUCCAGAGGCGCAGAGAAGCAGAGGGAUGUGCCAUGCUGGAGGGGCCUCGAGAUUGACCUUCGAAAUCCUUCUCGCGAGCUGCUGGAUUUUUUGGGGAAAGUUGCGUCUCCCAGUGUGUCUCCGCCGAUUGAGGAGCAUGCAAACAAAGACUUUCAGCUUCUCGAGCGCUGCUUCUCCGAGGCAGAGAAGCAAGGAGGCCUCGCAACGUGUGCGGCUGGCCCGGGGGACGUCGAAGACAUCGGAAGGUCUUGCCCUCGCAGUCCUUCUUUCACUCGCGAUCAUUCGUCUUCACACGCAGAGGAAGCAGAAGAAGGAACUGUUGACGGGUUUCCACUGCCUCUUGCUCCAGUUAUCCACGCGGAGUUACCACGACACUGUCCCCGUGUACCCGCAGGCCGAGGAACUCGACCUCCGCUGAUCCCGUCGCCGGGAGAGGAAGAAGGAGCCCCAAAUCCUUCAGAUAAGACAUUGAGAGGCCCUACCACCUACCCCACAUCUCCGGAGCUUUCGUACGGUCUGGCUGCGACUCCCGCGCCCGAUCGAGGGGAGGAAAGCUCCACCGAGAGCCCUUCGGACACCGUCCAGUCGAGAAAGCCACCGGCCGAGACCGUUCACAGCGUUGUCCCUGCUCUUUGCACGCUUGCAAUACACGCAGAAAAUGGCGAACCACCCCCACGAGAACCACCCAAAAACAACCUCAAACCCCAUAGCGAAGCCGAGAAGGCCCGUUCGCCCUUCGGGGCCCUGCAGCCCUCACUUCUUUCCAGCGUCGACAGUUGCCUGGAGGCGCAGCGCUUGGCGGACUGGGUACGGUCGCCUCACUCAGAUCGCGUAGGCAGCUCCUCCUGCCCCCCUCCUGAGUCGCCGUUCGUCUUUCACACCGCCGAGAUAGACACUGCAGCGGGGCCUCGGCGAGGACUAACGGAAUACUUUCUCCUUGACACUUCAGAGGACGAAUCGGCAAGUCAGCGAAGCUCAAGUGACUUCGGCCUCUCCCACGUGCAGCUACCUGACCAGCAGUGCGUGCAGGAGGCCCCGGAUCUGCUCUCGAGCGCUGUGCCUCUGACUUCGCUCGUCUCGUCGCCGCCGUCCGUGCCAGAGCUGAGCGUUUCCUUGCCUGUUUUGGAGAAGAUCGGAGCCAAUCUUUCAGAAGCUGCCAACGCCGUCGAAAAACAGCCACUCAGAGGCGCUGCCGGAGGUUGGGAGGAGGCGAACCCGCCGGGGCGUCAGGGCCCAGACGGCGUCGGGUCCUGGGUCGAGGGGUGGACGGGGCCCCUGGAGGAGGAACGCGGACGAGUCGGGGAGACAGAGACAACAGAGAGAGGGGAGACACUGAGGGGACGGAGAGAGGUGAACAGUGAGGGAGGCGAGACGGGAUGGAACGAGGAGGAUGCAAGCGUUGAGAGAGAAAGAGAAGCAGGUCCGUUCGGUCAAUGCGAAGCAACCGGAGAAAGCAAGGGCCGGAAAGCAAUGUUUUUGCAUCCGGAAAGACAAGAGGCGAAAGGUAUCAGUGUGGAGGCAGGGGAGAGGAGGGGCGAGAACAGAAGAGAAGGUGUGGCGUCUCAACUGAAGACUUUCAAAAGAGAAACAUCUACGGCAGGAAUCUCCAGGUUGGUGUUGUCUAAGUUGGACGAAGCAAACGCCACCAUUUCUACACAUACACUACCCUGCUCUGCUCAGUCAGACCCACGUGAAACGUCUUCAGCGUCUUCAUCUUCUGCUUCUUCUUCCUCUUCUUCGUCUUCUUCCUCGUUUCCUGUAUUCUCUGAAACGAGGGGACGGCAAACGGUGAUGGCGACCGGGGCGCCUGUUCCUAUCGAAGAGACAGAUGGGGUGCCAUUCGGUUUUCCAGAACUCGAAAGAAAUGCCGUCGAGGGAGGUCUCAGACACGAGUCGUCUGUCUCUCCUUCUCUUUCCCAUCCUCUUUCUCCUGCUUCUCUUUUUCCUGCUGUUUCUCCUUCGGUCCCGCCUUCUGCUUCUCCUUUUGCCUCUCCGGCUGUCAGCUUGUCUGGCGCCUCCCCCUCGUUUCUUUCUGCUUCGUCUGAGGGUGGGCGUCCGCAUUUGGAUCCUCACUCGGGGCUUGCCAGAGGAGACACAGGGACCAGUCGAACGGUCGCGAGGCGCCGGGUGUCCCGCUUCCGAGGCAGUGAACCGAAAACAUCUCCUGGCCUCGAGGGCGACCAGUCAAGGCUGAGCGACACAUCCGCUGAUCGCGGCUCUUCGCGUUCUGCCGCCUUCUCUCCUGCUGCAUACGCCGAGAAGGAACCUUCUUCUGGACCGAACUCCACGCCAGGCGACACUGCUUUCUCGUUUGCUCUUGCUUCAUCUCAUCCUCACACGCGUUCUUCGUCUUUGGCUUUCUCGUCGGCUUCAUCUGCCAACGCAGAGUCUCUGGGAGGUCCUCUGUCGUCUGUCUUGUCGCGGCCGGCUGCAGUUACUCCUCUGCGUCUUCUGCCCGAGGCUUCGCCUCCUCCCUCUGAGAGUGGCGCGUCGAGUGCGCCUCGGACUUCUCUCCACACCCUUUCUCUGAUUUCCUCUGCUCCUCCGCCUUUUCCAUCGAGCGCGUUCUUCCCCCCGCCCCUUCUGCAUCGCGUAGCCUUGGAGCCCGGUCCGCUUCCUCAACGCGCCCGGCUUUCUGUCUCUUCGGGGGCUCCAUCGCCGGCUUCCUCCUUCGCCUCGUUCCUAUCCCUGCCUCCAGGAGACGCGCUGCGACCCCCCAGGGCCUGGCCAGGCCCCCCUGGCUCCUCUGUGCACUCUGUCGCCUCGACGUCCUCGAUCUCGUCUGGCUCCUCGGUCUCCUCCGCGUCGGGGCACGUUUCAGCCAGAGGCUCGUUUGCAGAUGCGCCGGAGGACAGAAGAAAGGAAGACGGGAGAAGGCUGUUUUCGCGAGUGGAGGGGGGGCAGCUGCGCCAUCUGAGGCGCCUGAAGACGACGACGGAGAGGGCGCGAAUGGAGGGCCGUCUUGGAGGCGCGAGUGAGGCUCCUUUGCAUUCUAGGCCACGGCGAACGCUUUAUCUUCAGAAGGACGGGGAAACAGGCUUUCCAGAGGAACGAAAACGUGAUGGAAUUUCUGUCAAUUGGGGGACGAAACCCACCACCGGAGGCGUCUCGCAGGCCUCUCAACAAGCCUCCUUCUUCUUCGCAGAAGAGAAAAAAGACUCAGAUGCGGGAGUGCGUCUCCCGGGAGCGAGCGUUUUUACCACGCUCUGGAAUGCGUUCAGAAAUGACAAAUUUUUUCAAGAAAAGCGGACUCCAGAUGUGACGUCUACGGCGUCUUCUACGAAGCCAGCGAAGGCGGUAGAGCCGCCGUCUCGGAAGGAGAGAACGGGGCAGGAGAGCGACGAAACGCAGAGGACAGAAGAAGCAGAGAAGAUCGAAGAGCCAGAAAGAGAAGGCGGAGAGCAGGAGAACGCGAAAGCGAAUGGCUCGAACCCGGACAGGGGAAGGCCGGAGGUGGACCACAAGAGAGGCGAAAAAGAAACAUGGGGGGGAGUGGCACACAGAGGAGACGUCAAAGCCCCUUUUGUUCCUGUUGAAAUCCCACCAGACAGACCAGAUGUGCUGCGGAGCUUGAAGGGCGACGAGAGACACCAGCCGCCGCGCCGACAACAGACAGAGGAAGCGCUCCACGGGCGAGAGAGAGAAGAUGUGGAACAAGACUCUCCGUUCGCCAGUAGACCCCCGUCGCUAGGGCCCUCGCCCUGCAGAGCUCCCCGGGAGGCGGUUGACUGCUUGGUGAGACAAGAAACAAGAAACGAGCUAAGCGAAGAGGGCGAAGGCGAGAGAAGGGAAGAAGACACAUCGAAAGAACCGUGCGACGGAGAGGGGGAGACAGCCGACCGGGAUGAAGAAGGUGGAAAGGCCAACCAGAGAGAGCUGCGUGUCGCGUCGAAGGCGGCACACGAUUCAGCUGCGGACCCACAGAGGUUGGCCAAACGGUCGGACUGGAAGACCGUCGGAGACAUUCGCAGAAGCAGAGGAAGUCACCGGGCGCGACAGUGGGGUGUAUGCGCACUGAGCAGGUUCGAGGCAGACAGUGCGUCGGCAGCAGAAGACCACGAGAACGAAAAAGAUGUUGCGUUGAGUGGAGAGAGAAAGGACUCCUUUUUUCCCGCAGACACGCCGACUCGGACCGGCCUGUCGGUGCCAGCAAACGUCGAGGCAGGCUUCCGAUUAACAGAACCAACAGAAGGACAGAGAAACGAAAGGGCAGCGAACAUCGCGACGGAGACGCUUCUGGGAGGCAGGGAGGACGAAGGUGUAGUAGGGAUUGUACCUGGAGAAGAAGAGGCACCAGAGAGCACUGACGAACCGGCAACGAGCGAAGAAGACAGACGGGGUGUCGUCGCUUCUCAAACACCUGAAGAUCAAGAGACGCGCGCUGGCCAAGCGAGGAAACGAAGAGAAGAGGAUGGACCAAAUGUCUUCACAGCUCGCACGCGCGUCCCGGCGAAAGAACAAGAACAACUUUCAGACUUCUUCGGCGACACAAAUCGUGAUUUUCAUCCUUGCCUCUACACCGAUAGCACGACUCACAAUGAGCACGUGAAAACCGAGUGCUGGGUAACGCGCAGCGUCAUCAGGAGGACCUUGCACCGCGCGGAAGACGUGAGUGCGUUGUUUUCGCACAGCCCAGAGGGAGCGAUAUUUGUGAAAGAGACGCCUGGAGACCUCGAAGGAGCAAAGCUGAUAUUCACACGAUCCCUGGCGCCUCCUGCGGCCUUCGUGGUCAACGACCCAUUUCGAAGGUUUUCAGGUCAAUCCAACGCCUUGGUGCAGUCCAGUCCCGACUCGACGAACAGCGCCUUUGCGAGGGUGUCGUCUCUCGAACAACGCAGACACUUCAGAGAGGCGCCAUCCGACAGGCGUCGCUCCGCGUCGUUACAGCCGCAGGCUCCUUCUUCUUUGCCUCUUGUCUCCUCAUUGACCUCCGUCUAUGUCGACUCUGAUGAACGUCUCUCUUCUCCUUUCCACGUCGACGAGACAGUCAUCUGGCGCUCCGGUCCUCACCUGGCGUCACUUGCCCUUGACUCCUCGGCUGCUUCUGCAUCGUCGUCUUCCUCUUCUCUCUUUUCUGCUUCCUUGGCUGUUGCCGCGGCUGAGCAUGGGGCUGUGUCGGCGUUGCCGCCGCAUGCACGUCUGCCUUUUGAAGGGGGAGAGCGCGAAGGAGAAGGGAUCCCUCGGGAAGACGAGGCGGCCGGAAAUGCCAGCGCCAGAGAGGCAGAUGUGAGCGAAGUGCCGAGCCGCCCAGAAAGACCGGAAACGUCCGAACGAGUCCAAAGCACUCCCCCGACGUCUGCAGCCGCGCCUGCGCUCUCGGCAAGGCGCGGGCGAGCCGCCAAGGAGCAAGCGAGGGACUCUGUGGGAGAAGCGACGCGCGAAAGAUGUCAACAGUUACAAGACACUACGCGUCGCCCACCAGGCUCGCAAGAACCUCCCGAAAACGAAGGGAAUGAAGACGAACAGGCUGGAAGAGUGGCGAGACACGCAAAGUCUAGGCAAGCUGAGUCUGCGUUGCUCCGCGCAUCGUUUAACAGUAACAUCUCCACGCUCUCUGACGUGCUAAAGGAAUGGACGCUUGCUCCACUUCCUCGCCGGCGUCAUAAGCAUUUCGCAGCAUCCGCAGAGGUGCACAGAGGCUCCUUGAGAGAGAGGCAGAGCGGUAAAAGAGAAAACAAGAUGAGAGCAGGGAACGCUUCCAGGGAACUCGAGAUACGUUUCACAAACGACACGAGUCCAGAGAAAGGAGGGAAAGACACUCUGGCCUUCAGCGCGACAGCCAAACGCCCUCUCACGUCCCCGGUGGUUCCCGCCCGCCAGUGGCUUCUGACAGAUGCAGCGAAGGGAGGAAACACGAAGAAUCGAGUGGAGGAGAGUUUGACUGGACGUUUUUACGGCAUGGUGAAUAAACGCGGAGACCCGGAAAACCUGAAGAACACAAAAGCGGACAAAGCCAAGAGAGUGGCAAGAAGACUCGCAGCUCUACGGGUCCUAAGACGCUGCACGCGACUCCGAGCACACAAGGAAAGGCGUCUGGGUUUGCCUUCCGAUGACUCCACAUCUUCAUCUCGGAUUCUUCCGCUUUCCCCUACAGAAUUUCUUGCUUCCUCCGCUACGUCGGCCUCGUCUGCAUUGUCAGAUGCCUUGCCGCUCCUCGCCUUCUCAUAUUCGUCGGAUGCCCUUUCUUCGACUCGCUCUUCUUCCUCUCUUUCUUCUUCUUCUCUCGCUUCUUCUUCUGCUCUCUCGUCUUUGUUGUCUUCCACUCUCGCGUCUUCUUCCUCUUCUUCAUCUUCUUCUUCUUUUGCUUCUUCCGCUGAAUGUCUUUCUUCUUGUUCCUCUUCGUCAGUUCCAUCUUCGCCGCCUGGCUGCGCCUUUGUCUCUCCGUCUGCCCCGGCGUUUCGCGCGUUGGAGAGGUUCUCCGUUUCACAUUCUCGGUUGCCUUGCUCCUCUAGCCGUCUGUCCACCUCACCAGCUUCGUCUGAUUCUCCAUCGUCGGUUCUUAAUUUCAAUGACGAGAGCAGCUGGCGCGGGAGAGGGACUUCGAGCUUGGAGAGAGGCGAAGCAGGGACUCGCCCUCUGGCCGCGCGUCUGCGCCGGCGCAUGCAGUCAGCAGAAGAGCGACUGGGAGCCGCAGAGUGCAUGAGGUUUCUUCCACAUCCGCUUUUUUUCUCCGGCACGGAAGCGGGCAAUCGACGCCCUGUGCAGGUGUGCGAGCCAACCGAGAAGCGGCUGGCGGCUCAGGGCGAAGGCGGAGGCGCAGCAGGUGGAGCGCGAGUUGGACAGACCGACGAGGGUGUCGCGGAGGCGCUCAGCGAGGCGAUGAACGGACCGAGAGGGGGAGGACAAAGGAAGCUCAGUGAGGCUGAGAAGCCAAACCCGCAGCUCGUGACAGUGAGACAACGACCAGAGACUGAGAAUGACGCGGAGACGCGCCCAGUGGGGCCAGAGAGAGGAGACGCUCAACUGCAUUUGAAGGGCGCCGAUGCAGUCUUGAGAGACAACUUUCGCACGAGGAAAGUCGAUCAACUUAGCGCAGAAGAAAUGCCACUUUGUUCCCUCGUGCCGCUCAUGCGCCUGACGGCGACUGACGAGGGCACAACAAAGGCUCUCACCUCUUCCGACGCUUCCGCUGCUCUCGGCUUGCUGACGGAAACGAUUUGGGUCGAGUCCCUUGAUGCACGAAAGCCUGGCGAGAAAAACACGACACAAAUCUCUGUGUACGCCCUAGGCCUGCACAGUUUUCCCUGGACUGUAUUCCUCAUCGAGAAGCGACUACGGCGGUUCCUGUCGGCUGUUCAACGCUCGGGGCUUCUCGGAAUUGUCUACGCACCUCCACUCUGUCGCGCACACGCUCAGUCCGCGAUCCACCUGGACUUCAACUUUGCUGCUUUUCUGCAAGACGAAAAACAUAAACUGAGACGCCCCUGGGAUAUCUACUUCGCCGCUGAGCCUGCGGGCAGCGGCGAGGCGACGCGACAGACCGAGGCGAAGAGAAAGGAAGGCAGGGAGACGGGGAAGAGGAGGGAGGAGAGAGAGCAGAAGAGAGCGGAGGAGCGGGAGCAAAGUGUGGAGUCACUGGAAACAGCGCAGACGAAGCUGGCCGGGACGGCAGAGGCCAGGAGAGCCAUCGAGCGACAUGGAGACAGAGACAGAAUUCUGGAGGCUGUCAAUGAGCUGAGAGACAUGGUGUGGGGGCCUCGCGGACUGCUGACCUCGGCCAGACACGCCGUCGUUGAUCUGUCUGAAGACGUUGAAAACAUCGCAAGAGCCCUCUGUCGAGAAGCGAGAAAAGAUAACAAAGGAGAGAUAAAGGAAGAAGAAAACGGAGACCAGACAAAGGAAGAAGACACGGAAGAAGAAGAGAAGGAAAGAGACGAAACCAAGAGAGACGAGAAGGAGGGAGAGACAGAAGAAGACGAACUGGAGAGGGAGGCGGAGGAGGACAAACUGAAGGCGUCGACGAGAGAACGGAGAGAAAUCCAAAAGGACAAAGAACAGGCAGACUCGCGCGAACUACUGAAUCAGGUGGAGCAACAGAAGCAGGAGAAUCUCAAGAGACGAGGAAAGAAAGUCCGGCGCAGGCGAAGGAGGCGACGCGCGCAGGACCGAGAAAUGAAUCGAAGGAACAACCACUCACCAGUGCGAGGGAAAGAACAGGUGGAACACGACCUGAAACAAGGAAAUGAGGAUCAAGAGCAGAGCAGCCGAAUCCUUAGCGGCCAACUUCAGAGAGAAACCGAGGCAGACCUGGUGUCUGUGCUGCACGAAGAGGAGAAGACGGUGAGAGGUGACAGUGAACAACUCAGCUACGGAGAGAGAAACGUUGACGCACAGCAGAACGAAGACUGGCAGCGACAGGAACUGCGGAGACACGCGAUGCUCCAGUCGUUAGAGAGAGUGCUCCUCAGACGCUUUGCGUCGAUGUGCGACGAACGCGACAUCCUUAUUCUACCGUUUUUCUCUCUUCGUCGCCCCGACGCGGAACGCUUUCCAAGAUUUUUUCCUUCGUUUUCUUUUCCUUCCGUUUCUUCCUCACCUUCCGGCUCUUCUCUCCCAUGUUCUACGGCUACGUCUUCCUCUUCUUCGAGUCCUUCUUCGUCUUGCGUUUCGCGCUCGCUUCUCUCUCGUUUUUCUUCUGGCCGGAUGCCUGGAUCUCCAAAGCUGUUUCUUGUCGGCUCGACAGCAGGCGAAGCGGAGCGCCUCUUCGUCGAGGUCGUGCUCGCUGUCAAGGCCUUCCUUUCUGCCGGAGGGGACAGGCCUCGCAAGCCAGUGCGGCGAACUCAGAUCAUUUCGCCGCUUCCUCCGUUCUCUUCCAAAACAUCACGAGACGCGGAAUCUGAGCAAAUGCCUAGCCGACCAAUGAAGCAUCUUCCAGCCGUGUCUCUUCGUUCGUCCUCUUCUUCCUCUUCUUCCUCUUCUUCUCUCUCCCAUCUUACGUCCGCUUCCUUGUGCAGUCCGUUGACCGACCCGGUGUCGCUGGCGGCGUUUGCAGAAUCCACGUUCGACGUUUUCAUUUCCUGGACUUCCUUCCCUUCGGCGGUUUCGCGCUUGUCUCCUCGCGCUUUUUUGUCUUCUUCUCCGGGAGAGGCCGGCGCGACAGCGGAGAAGGAAGUCCUGUUGGCAGCGCUGGGGUGGGCGGAGGAGGACGUCGAGAAUGCCCUGGCAUUCGUCGCCGCAGCGUGCGACUCGAGAGGAAAGAGCAGUGCUUCGCCGCUCUGCCUGCCUCUUCACUGGCAUGAAGGAAACGCAGAAGAGGAGCCGAGGAAGCAAACGGAGAACGGGGAGACAGUGAAGGCAGGGAAGAAACAAGAAAAUCGAAAAGAAUGUUCGAGUCUCGCCGACGGCCAGGAGGCUCCGCUUCCGCUGGCAUUCGUUCAGAGACUCGGGACAACCAUUGUUCAGGUCCCGCGAGAUCUCCUGCCUCUUGUGUUUCGAGCGAGUCUGACGGCGCUGAGAGAAUUUUUUGACGACCCUCGCCUUGGCAUUCAAGCGACUUGUGCCGACAUUCUGCGAGCCUUCGGAGGCACUCUCCUCGAGUUGGACUUCUCCUACAGCACUCACAGCUGGCUGUCGCCCGUAUCGUUCGAGUGUGCGCCUUGCUUCGUGUCUCCAGUUCUCGAGUCUCUGGGUGUUUUCUUCCUGCUGCUUUCCUCGCAAUUCGACUUUUGCUCUCUGCCGGUAUCUCUGGACGUCUCCCUCGUUCUUGUCGCAGAACGCCGAGUGGCGUGGAGGCGUCUUCUGAGGGAUGCGAGGAUGUCUGAGCGAUGCCAAACACGGGGAGAGAAGACAACUGAUAGGCGGGGGGAUUCCGCGAAAGAACGGCGGGGAAACUGCGAAGAAGACGGCGAGGUCGAGAGACCGACGACAAUGGCAGGCUCAGCGCGUCCGCGCAAGCAAAAGGGUGGAAACUCAGAGGAGACAAGAGAUAAAGAUUCCAGAGGAGACAGCGCGAGGGAGACCAGACUCGCGGAACUCGAUGGGGAAGGAGCGGAGCAGAGCAAACUACUCACGGCGUCUGCGUUUCCAAGUCACGAGGCGCCUCUGAGGUCGCUUUCUUCGUCGCUCUUCGCUACUCAUAGGCUUAUAUUCGAUUGUGAUCCUCUCUAUCCCCCCUGCCAACUCGCCGCGAUUCAGCAGGCCCUCGCGCUUGUUCGCGGACCGUUCUACAGCGUCAAAGGCGGCACCGUCGCCUCCCCUGUGACUACACAGUUCUCGCAUUCGGGGGAUAUCGGGGGAUUGGAGGCAGAGAGAGAAGAAGAGCAAGACGGCAACGGGGAACGAACGAGAGAAGAGAGAGAGGAAGAGAGAGAAGAAGAAGAAAGACGGCAAGGGAGAAAAGACGAGAGAGAAGAAGUGGGAGAGAAAGAGAGAGCAGACGGUGGAGAAGGGGAAAGAGAUCACUGGAGGGAAGAAGAGAAAGAAACAGUGGGCGGUGAAAGGGAUGAAGACGAAAAGGGAGAAGAAAACAGAAUGAUGAUAGAAGAGAGUGGAGCGAGUCGACGCGCUGCUGCUCUCUCAGCCGGGACUCCAGGACGAGGGCGACCGCAGAGAAGGGAGACUUCAUGGAGAAGACAGACAGAAGGCGAGACUACAAUCGAGAGCCGACCCCGUCGGCGGGAAAUGACAGUUGUCAUGUAUAAUCCGAAUGACGUUCCGACAGAUUUACUACUUCUCAUUACACGAGAAGGCCCCCUGGAGGCGCCGGAUCGAAUCUACGACGCUAUCAUCUCUGAGGCGUCCUACAUCGCCGCAACCGAGCCGGAUGCCUUUCUUCUCUCUGGAAUUCCUUUCGGAUUCGCGCCUCUCCCUCACUAUAGCUCUUACGCUCUUUCUCCUUCCAGUUGCUCUUCUUCUUCCUCCUCCUCGGUGGCUUCUGAUUCUUCGUCGUCUUCGGCAUCCGUUUCCUCUCUUGUGUCUCCUCUUCUGUCUUCUUCUUCUGCGUCUUCCUCGUCCGCUUGUUCGGCGACGUCUGCUUCUGAGUUUCCGGCGGUUCCGUCUUGGCACUCGACUGAGACGCACGAGGCCGCGCGAGGGGAGGUGCUCCGAGCCCCCGAAACGGAGUUCUUCACAGAGAAAAGCGCCGAGGCGGUCGAGGAGACAAGUGGACGGCGAGCUCGAAAGAGCGUGAACAAAGAAGAAGGGCAAGAGACAAGUCAGAGAAGCUUAGCACGCAUUUCGGCUGCCGCCUGGGAGACCAGAACGGCGUCUCCUGUUCGCCCGGUUCUUCUGUUCCCUCGAACAACCUCACGAUGUUUCGUUUUUCGACUCGGUCCAGGAUGCGGCGCUCAAGGACGCACCUGUCCGUCGCUCGACUGCGCGCACGAGCGAACGGCGGUGCGACGCUUCGAGAGACUUCUCAGUCUCGCUUUUCCGCCAGAUGCAGAUAAAAAGGAGGUUCCGCUCAGCGAGUUCCUUGUUCCCUUCGACCUUGGGGGCCGAUUCAUUGGACCUGGAGGAAAGCACCGCAAACAUCUGAUCGCGAGGACUCGCGGCUUCUUGUCGGUCUCGAACGAACGACAUCGAGGUCCCGUCGGCCGCUCCUGGCGGCGGCUGGCGGUAGGGGGAGAUUUCGACGCACGCCUCGCCCUCGCAAAGGAAGUUUUCCGUCUUCUCCAGUGGCCUGCCAGCAGCGCCCAGGAACCUGGGAGAAGCUCCAACGUGAAAGCGCAUGCCAAGAACCCGACGAAGGCUCUUCUCGACCUCUUCUCUCUGCAGGCUCUGCCGCGAGACAGACUGCUCGGUCGCGAAGAGAAGAGAGAGAGACACAGCGAGGGGGAGAACGAGAAGAAGGCGAAUUCUCCAGCCUUCGUCUCGCUCAAUCAAAAAAUCCCACUGGAGACUGGCGUUGCUCGUCUCCUUCGCGACCUGUCGGGCGGACUGGUGGACUUCUCGUUUCGUCUGGUUGUCACCUUGAAGGGUGAGGAGCGAAACGAAAACUUCUGCAUUGACAGAGAUCUUCUGCGCCUCCAUUUGGAGCGGCAGCACCUGUCGCUCGUGCGGUUCGAAGCUUCUUCCUUAGCCAAAGGCCGGACCGACGCGGCAGAAGCGAAGGCCUUCCAGCGAAAUGCUGCGGGACCCGAGGUGAGAGCAGCAAACAAAGACGAAGUCGUGGAGGGAGGCCAGGAUCUUGGAGACGAACUUCGGACGACGCUCGGAGACAGAGAAAAGCGAACUGAUGCAGACCAGUCUGUGUGGACCUCCGUUGACCGCGUGGACCGAAGGGAGGCACAUGGAGAGAGCUCUGAUUCCUCGUCCACCGCGACAGACGGGUGUGAUCCUGCCUCGUCUUCUCCUCUCGCGCGCAUGCAGUCGAAGACGAAAAGCUUCAGCGUGACUCUUCGAGGAACUCGAGAGGCUCUGAAUGCACGGAGCGCAGCAGCUUUCGCGUUCCUCUUGGAGGACAAGAGACGAGUUGAAACUGUCCAUUUCUCCGACGGAGUCCAGUGGUUCUUCUUUCUCCCCGAUGUCGAAAAAGGGAGAGGUCCGGGGACCUGUCGUUCUGAGGGGCGCGUAGGAGAAGAAGAUUCGCUGGAGGAAAAGAUGUGUGACUCGGUUGGCGACUCAAGAGGAGGAGACGAUCAGGUCCGUCGAUGUGUAGCUCAGCAUGGAUCGGAAACACCUGCAUGCGGCUCUCGUCCUUUUUCGUCCUCCAGCGCUUCUUCUCUCGCUUCUUCCUUGCGCCCUUCUCUCUCUCCCCACUCUUGCUGUUUCUCUGGCCUUGCGUGGGUGCGAAUCCACGAAGGGGAAGCUGCAGUGGAGAGCGCUUGGCAGGCCUUUCUCUCCGGCCUCGACUGGUCUGGCCGGGGGGGCGCGUUGCUUCGCCUCGCCGGCAGGGAGUUUUUUUUCCACUUCGCUACGUGCACAGCCUUUCCGAUUAUACGCCGACGAAGAAGCAGUGCCUGGCGUCGGGAGCAAAGUCGAGAAGGCGCUUGCAGCGACGGAGGGCGAAAAGAGGAGGAAAGAAACGAAAAGCGCGACAUCGAAGAGAGCAAGGAGAAAGAUGGUCUUGUGCAGAACAAUGUGACAGAAGCGCCGGCUGAAGACGGAGACGACCUGAGACAGCUGAAGGAGGAGAAAGCUUUUUUCGAAUCAACAAGACUUUCAGAGCCGCAGUGCCUCCUCUCGUCUUCUUCACUUCUUUCUUCGACAUCACCAGCGAACGCGUCGCCGUUGCCUGGCAGACAAGCAGAGCAGGCAAGAACUCAGAGAAACGCGAAGAGUGAAAAAGGCAAGGCUCCGACAGAGAACACUGGAAACGCGUUUCUCAGACGCGACGCGGAAGGAGGCGACAGUCUGAGCGAAGAGGAGGAAAGUGGAUGUGAGACUGCCGAACAAAUGACACAGAGAGAAGUGGAGGCUGGCACUGAGAAUGGUAAUGAAGAGAGCGCUGGCCCGAACGGUCGCAGGUUCCCUGGUCGUGUGAACGACGCGAUGUCUUUAAACAAAGACGAAAUAACUUUUUCUGCUCUCUCGAACUCGUAUUUCUUGCCUCUCGACCCGCAGUGCUCUGUCUCUGCCCCAGAGAGUGUGCCAUGUGUUUCUUCGCAUUAUUGCAUUCUUCACCUGUCGUCAGCGCAGAGAGUCCCGAGCGUCGUGACAGCUUCGGAGGCGAAAAAGGACUCUGCGCUUCUUGAUGCGGCUCUCACAGCUUCACUGGAGAACGCAGAACGUCGACAUCCGUCGCGUUCGUUCUCCCUUGAUUUUUCGCGUUCUCCCGUUCGCCUUGCGCGUGUGGAAAUUGGAGAGUGUCGAGGGGAGAGGAGGAGCCGGACGAGAGAGAACGAGGACAGGGUGGUGGAAAGGACGGAGAAAGAACAAGCGGUCAGAGGAGGGGGAGUUCAGGAAGAAAAGCGCGGAGAAGGCAGCGAAGAAGAGGAACAGAGAAGGACGAGAGAUCGUGGAAGAGCGGCAACGAGCAACCGCGUGCAAGAGUCAGAGAGACGCGCGGCUGGAGGACCCAGUGAGAGCGAAGGAAGACCGGGACUCGCAGGGAGAAAGAUAGUGACAGUGGAAGAGUUUUGUGGUACUGGGCAAACUGGAGAGGACGACCGAAGGACGACUGUUUGUGAAGAAGUAGAAAACAAAAGGUCUGUCUCAGCAGAAAAAGAAACGUUUCAUGUCUGCAGAGACGUCCUUCUCAGACACACGCGCGCUCUCCUUCAGAACUUUCUUUGAGUUGAUGGAGACAGACAGCUUCUUGAAGGACAGGAAGGAAAACACGAAGAACAUAAGCAGCAAGAGAAGGCAACAACAGAUGGGGACGAGAGACAGAAGGAAAGACAGGAGACUGCGACGGACAGACUGCAAGAAGAGGAAGAGAUGGUGGGAUGGUGACAGAAAGGAGAGGAGAAGCCGAGAAUGGCGCGACGCGAGAUUCAGUCAAUUCAGGCGGCUCGAGGGCCGCAGAGGGAGAAGAGAACAAAAAGUAGAGAAAUUGGAAAAGAAAGGAAAUCGACAAAGACUUGCGGGCACCGGUGGAAGGUGCGAAUGCCUAGGUAUGUCUUUUAGGUGUAUGCAUGCAUUGACAAGGAAUCAUGCGUCUGAAAAUGCGAUUAAAAAUGUUGGCAAAACACGCGCGUGAACAUGCGUUUUCUGGAAUUUAGAAGAUGUCUUUCUGCUCCUCCAAGGCACUGUCUCUUCGUAACGAGCGUCUCUGUUUAUCCUCGGUUUUUACUGCUAUCUAGCUCUGCAGCUAGCGCACGGUGCGUCGCUCGUGUCUUCAUUCAAUUCGUGUACAGGGUGCCUUCAUGAUAGGAAAGGUCCUCUCUUCUUGUCAAAAAACUUGACAGACACCGCCUGUUUAUUUGACGCAAAAACGAGAAACUUUUGAAAAACUUCUGCAUCGGAA